GGAUGUACACACAAAAAAUACGAAGUAGCACACACCCGCACUCAAGUACUCAACGUGACCUGGGUAAAAUCCAAAUCAAAACCCAAAAUUCCAAAGCAGUUUCUUCUCCAUUAUUGCAGAGUUGCAGCAAUGUCUACCACCAAAGUCUACAUUGUGUUUUACUCUUUAUUUGGUCAUGCUGAGACUAUGGCUAGAGAAGUACACAGAGGAGCUGCUUCUGUUCAAGAUGUUGAAGCUUCAUUAUGGCUCGUACCUGAGACACUGUCCCAAAGGGUAUUGGAAAAAAUGAAGGCUCCUCCAAAACCAAGUGAUGUUGGAGAAAUAAAGCCAGAACAGCUAGUGGAUGCAGAUGGGUUUCUUUUCGGGUUUCCCUCUCGAUUUGGGAUGAUGCCUGCUCAAUUUCUGGCCUUUUUUGAGAACACGCAUGAGUUAUGGGCAUCUCAAUCGCUUGCCGGUAAACCUGCCGGCGUCUUUUGGAGUACUGGGUUCUAUGGUGGAGGCCAGGAGAACGCUGCUUUAACAGCCAUAACUCAGUUGUCACAUCAUGGCAUGUUAUAUGUUCCUCUGGGAUACACCUUUGGAGAUGGCAUGUUUGAAAUGGGCGAGGUGAAGGGUGGCUCUUCAUAUGGUGCAGGAACAUUUGCAGGAGAUGGAUCUCGUCAGCCAUCCGAGCUGGAACUUGAGCAAGCAUUUUAUCAAGGUAAGUAUCUAGCUCAAGUUGCAAAGAAGCUCAAAAGUUAACCCCUGUAGUGUUGGUUCGAAUACUCAUCGACCAUUGUACAUAUUCAACAUCAGUCAUACCAUAGUACCAUGUGUAUAUAUAUUUGGAAAAACCUAACUGUCUCGUAUAUGUACUAUGUUCAACCAUACGUCCAUACCCCUUGAUAAAGAUCAACGUGUCCAUGCCGAUGCAACAUCUAAAAUGUACCAUCUAUCCUUCUUUUACAAGGGCAAUGUUGCAUAUAUCAGACUUCAGACUGUCUAAUAAACUACUUUGUUUAUCUAGAAAGUGAUUUACUCUUGAUGCAUAUGAUGUUGAUGUUAUUUUUGAUUCAUAUGAUAUUGAUAUUAUUUUUGAUGAA